GGGAAAAAUAUGGAUGAGGGAGAAAGAACAAGUACUCUGUGUCUGCGUGUUAACAACAAUCUUAGGAUGUAUAUUUGGCCUGAAGCCUAGCUGUUCAAAAGAUGUGAAAACCUGCAAAGGUCGUUGCUUUGAAAGGACCUUUGGAAGCUGCCGUUGUGAUAAAGAUUGUGUCAAGCUUGGAAACUGCUGCUUAGAUUACCAGGAAACAUGUAUAGAACCAGCCCACAUAUGGACCUGCAAUAAAUUCAGGUGUGGAGAAAAGAGGCGACCAGAAUAUCAUUGUUCCUGUUCAGAUGACUGUGUGGAAAACGAAGAUUGCUGUGUCAAUUAUCAAGCUGUUUGUAAAGGAGAGGCAAGCUGGGUUGAAGAAGAGUGUGAGGACAUUACUGAACCUCAGUGUCCAAAAGGAUUUACCAAGUCUCCAGUGUUAUUAUUUUCAUUGGAUGGCUUCAGAGCAGAAUAUUUGCAGACUUGGGGUGGACUUCUACCUGUUAUUAGCAAAUUACAGAAAUGUGGAACAUACACUUCCAGUAUGAGACCAGUGUACCCUUCCAAAACCUUUCCCAACCAUUACUCCAUUGUCACAGGGCUGUAUCCUGAAUCUCAUGGUAUAAUUGAUAACAAGAUGUAUGACCCAAACAGAAAUGCAUCCUUCACCCUUAAAAGUGAGGAGAAGUUUAAUCCACAGUGGUACCAAGGGCAGCCUAUUUGGCUGACGGCUAUGUACCAGGGUCUGGAAGCGGGUACCUUCUUUUGGCCUGGGUCAGACGUAGCAGUCAACGGAACAUUUCCAAGCCUGUAUAAAAUAUACAAUAGAUCAAUCCCCUUUGAAGAAAGAGUGAUAACUGUUCUUCGCUGGCUGCAGUUACCUGAAGAUGAAAGACCACACUUUUACACUCUGUAUUUAGAAGAACCAGAUUCCUCGGGCCAUAAAUUUGGACCAGUAAGCAGCGGAGUCAUUACGGCAUUACAGAGAGUGGACAACAUAGUAGGGAUGCUGAUGGAUGGUCUAAAGCAAAUGAACUUGCAUAAAUGCCUGAAUAUUAUUUUUGUAUCAGAUCAUGGGAUGGAAGCAGGGAGUUGCAGAAAAACAGCAUAUCUGAACAGCUAUCUAGACAAUGUUCAAGAUUUCAUAGUUGUACCUGGUCCUGCAGCUCGCUUAAGACCUAAUAAUGUUCCAGAUGAGUAUUUCUCUUUUAAUUAUGAAGGGAUUGUCAGAAACCUCACGUGCAUAGGACCAAAUCAACCUUUCAAAGCUUAUAUGAAACAGCUGCUACCCAAGCGUUUCCAUUAUUCCUAUAAUGACCGGAUUGAACCUCUGCACUUCUACUUAGACUCCCAAUGGCAGCUUGCUCGAAAACCACUUGAGAUUAAAAGCUGCACAGGUGGAUUCCAUGGCUCAGACAAUCGCUUCCCCAAUAUGCAGGCUAUCUUUAUUGGUUUUGGACCAGGAUUCAAGUUUCGUACUCAAGUUGAUCCAUUUGAAAACAUUGAAGUAUAUAAUUUAUUGUGUGAUUUGCUUGAUUUGAAACCGGCCCCAAACAAUGGAACUCAUGGACGCCUAAACCAUCUAUUAAGGAACCCUGUUUAUACCCCCCACCAUCCCAAAGAAACAAGCCAUCCUUCUGAAUGCUCUGUGGUGGGUCAAAGAGCCUUUUCAGUGAGCCUUGGCUGCUCCUGCAGGACAGCAGGCUUGCCAAUAAGGGAUUUUAAUCAGCGUUUAAAUCUCACUGAAGCAGAAGUUAAGAAGACAGAGAAACUUACUUUACCCUAUGGACGGCCCAGGGUUCUGCAGAAAAGACAAAAUUACUGCCUCCUUUACCAUUCCCGCUAUGUGAGUGGAUACAGCAAGGACUACAGGAUGUCUCUGUGGAGUGCAUACACUGUGAGCAAAGAUGACAAAUGGGUUUCUGCUACAGAAGAUACCUUCAGCUGUUUACACAAAGAUGUUCGUAUUUCACAGAACCAUAACCAGACAUGUUUGUUUUACAACAGUCAUCCUCACCUCACUUACGGUUUUCUUACUCCUCCAAAUUUUAUGACAGAUGCAAAGAGCCCUCAUUAUGAUGCUUUGCUUACCAGCAACAUUGUGCCAAUGUAUCCUGCAUUUAAAGUGUUAUGGAACUACUUCCAUCAAUACCUGCUACCUGAACAUGCUGCAACCAGGAAUGGUGUCAAUGUAGUCAGUGGUCCUGUGUUUGAUUAUGACUCUGAUGGGCUCUAUGAUACCCCAGAAAAGUUGAAAAGAUACCCUGGUAACUCAGAAGUUCUAGUUCCAACCCACUUCUUCAUUGUGCUGACUAGCUGUAAAAACAUUUCUGAAACUCCUCUGGAGUGUGAAGGGUCUCUGGAUGCCUUGUCUUUCAUUGUACCUCACAGAGAAGAUAACAGUGAAAGCUGUGCAGAUGGCAGGUCUGAGUCCAUGUGGGUUGAAGAGAGAAUGAAAUUUCAUACAGCUCGGAUCAGAGAUAUAGAAUUAAUUACGGGACUCAGCUUCUAUCAAGACAGAAACCAACCAGUAUCUGAGAUUUUACAGUUAAAAACAUAUUUACCAACUUUUGAGUCGGUCUGAUUUUUCCUAUGGAAUGUUAUUAUCCGUUUCACAACUGUUUUGUAAAUAGACUGUUUUUAAUUAAUGAAAACAUUUUUUUAAAUAAGCUGGAACAUUUAUUGAGAACUCUUGACCAAAAUGCCAGUAGGGAGGAGAGUGGGUGCCAUAUUUGUAUCUCAGGGACUCCUGAUGGACUAUUCUUGUGACACAGGAUGGCAGCUCCUGUCAUUCCCACUUGAAUGUGGUAGAGCCUUAUCCGUUACUAUGCUAACAGCAUUUGGUCAUCACAGUCUGAGACAUGAACACAAAUGUUAUCUUUGAUGUGCACUGGAGAGGGAGAAGUUUAUAAAGCAUGGGUUAUGAUCAAUAUGCUACUUUUUAAAAAUACAGAUAACUAGCAAACACAGUUCUGGUAAAGAACUACAUUCUUUGUGACCAUUGAAAUCUGAACAACAGCACUUCUCACUGCAAUUUUCCUUGAAACGUGAAUUACAUUCCGAAUUUUGGGUCUCACAAAAUAGUGCAGCGUUACGGUGCAAGAAGCUAUAGUUUGGUUAGUACGACUGGUAACCAAAACUUCCCCCGGCACGGAAAAGUCUCCUGGCUACAGGAAUGCUGUGGGCUGGGAAGCCAUGGUGUGUUGGUGCCCUCUGGUGACUCCAACACAGGCGGAGAAUUUGAUGCACAAUUUGCAUGUUGUACCGGCAUCCUCUGACCAAGCGGUAUAGGAUGCAUUAAAAAUGAAAAUAAAUGUAAAUGAAAAGAAAUUGAUUCAGGGAUAUCUAUGAACUUCUAGAAAUAAUUACCUUACUUCAAACUAAACUUGAAUUUGAUGAAAAGAUUUUGCUUUAUUGAAGCAAAGAUGUGUUUCUUAGUUUGGUACAUGAUUUUGUGAGCUGUGGUUUUGAAAUCCCAUUUUUGAAUGCAGAGACGAUGUCAGAGAUGCAAACUCUGAAGAAGCAUGUAAUGAGCUUUCUUGGAAACUUUCAGGCUACACAAACAGCUGCUACAGGCACUCAGGAGUGUAGGAAUUCCCUCCUUUUCCAGUACAUAAGCUGUUACCUUUGUAAGUCUCCCACUUUCUAAAUGACCCAACACUGGCUCUGUUGUGUUAUGAAAUUUGGCAUAGUCAAUUACACAUUUAUGUUGUUCUCACUUAAAAAGAAAAUAUGUCACGCACAAGUAUGUCAGAAGAAUGAAGAGCCUGUGACUGAGCAGAGAGACAUUUUACCUUACAGCUUGGUCAGGGCAUGUUGAAGGCUGGAUUCAGAGCCUGCUGAAGUCAGAGGAAGUUUUUCCAUUAACUUCAGUUUGAGCGGGCCGAAAUUCUGGGACCAUUUUUCUUUUAACCAAAUGUAUUUUCUUGAUCUUAUGUUACAACUAUGAUUUUCUUUUUCCUAACAUAGUUUCACUGUGUGAAAUCCAAAUGUGUUGUAGCAACCUCACAUUAUGAUAGGACUGUGACAGCAUUAUUCAGUGUAACUGCUUUGUAACAUUGCCUGUGACCAAUAAAAUUGUUGAAAGUA